CUCAACAUACUUAAUCAGCCACUCUUUUUUUUAAUCAUCAUCGAAACAAAGCAACAUAUCCUCCGAUCCCUUAACUUAUCCUCAUUAUAAAAAAAGAAAUGUCACCUCCACAAAACAAGUAUGGGCCUGCGAAAGCCAUUGAAUUUUAUAAUAAAAACACGGUCAUCUUCUUGACAGGUGCUACGGGCUUCAUUGGCAAGGCCAUCUUGGAGAAGCUACUGCGUUCUUUCCCCCAGAUCACAAAGAUCUACUUGCUGAUCAGGGUCUCGGGGAAGAAGACAUUGAAAGAUCGUAUUGAGAAUAUAUUUAGCAGCAGGAUUUUUGAUACUGUCAAGUCCCAAUUCUCAAGUGCUCAAGAGUUUCAAGAAAAGAUUGUCCGCAAGGUUGUGCCUGUGAAGGGAGAUAUUUCUGCCAAUCAUCUGGGUCUCUCAGACGAGGAUAUGGCUAUGGCCCAGGAAGAUACCACAGUUUUCAUCAACAGCGCUGCCUCUAUCAAAUUCAAUGACCCGUUGAAGACUGCCCUUGAGAUAAAUACAAAUGGCCCUCUCCGCAUAUUCGAAAUUGCCAAGGGCUGCAAAAAUUUAGCUGCCAUCGUUCAUAUCUCGACUUGCUUUGUCAACGCACCCAUGUUUGAGCAACAUAUUGACGAAAUCAUCUAUCCGCACCCACUUGGUGAUGAUCCUGAAGCCAUCUAUGAUAUGCUGUCCACCAAGAUGUCCUCCAAAGAGAUAAAAGAUUAUGAGGAAUCUGUGGUCCUCAAGGCUUACCCCAAUACAUACACAUUCGCCAAGUCCUUGGCAGAACAUUUGAUAAAGAGCCGAUAUAGGGAUAUGGCUCUCCCUAUUGUCAUUGUCCGCCCUGCCAUUGUCACUGCUGCCUACAAGGAACCAGUUCCUGGAUGGGUAGAAGGGUCUGCUGCAACCAACAAAGCGAUUGUGGCUGGUUCGAUCGGUCUAAUUCAAGAAUGGAUCGGUAACGAGUCCGCUAAAGCAGACCUAGUUCCUGUCGAUUUUGUGGUCAAAACGACCCUUCUCUCCGCCACGACUGCUGAUCGCACACUCACAGAGCCUCGCAUAUAUCAUGUCGGUACCAGCUGCAUUAAUCCCAUCACCUGGAGUCGCUUUGGUAUGUAUAUGGUCGCAUACUGGCGAGCGGUUGCACCACCAAGCCAGCGAGUCUCAGAUGACAUUCGAUUCGAACUUUACCCUCCUGCAGAAUUCAAAUAUCGAUAUAAUACUCGCUUUGGAGGGGAGAUCCGAACUUUAGCUCGGCACAAACAUGACGAGGAGCGUAAAGUUUAUAUCUCCAGGGCAAUGGUUGUGCCUACAGUUCUCAUAGCUUUUUUGCAGUCUGAAUGGUUCUUUGAUGUAACCAAUACAUUAGUCCUUGAUGAUGCUGCACCUGCAGAGCUCAAGAGCGAACUCAAAAGCGGUAUAGAUUGGGACAGAUACAUGGAAGACUACAAUGCAGGCGUGCAAGGGUUUAUUUUGUGUGAGAAGGUCGACAGGCCCAUUGUAACCGAUUACACUGCUGAAUUGCGCCCAGUAUCAGAUACAAAGAGAGAAGGAAGUGCUGAAGUAACAUUUAUGGAUAUCAUGGCCAAACUUUAGGUCUUUAUACAAUACCAAGCAAAACUAUGCCAAUGGUCGUCCCCUUUUCGUUUCCUAGAAAUCGCUUAUGUAGACAUUGU